AUGGCAAUUUCCCAACUACUGGUGUGUGGGGAGCAGCGCACCCCGUGCAAGGAGGGAGGCGGGGGCUUCAUCCUACCGCCCCUGGGCAAGACGAGGAGCCAGCUCGCCCUGCCUGUGGGCGGCCUGGGGGAAGCACCGCCCCUCAAGAAGGUGGACAGCGAGUCUUGCCUCACGCUGGACGCCGCGCCGCUGCUUGGGGCGGCGCUUCUCCACCCCCCACGCCACUCACGCCCAGGCACACCCCCGCCACGUCAGGCAGAGGACGGUGUGCCUGGCGAGGGGCGUGAGGACAGCGGCGCCCAGCCCUUCCACGACACCUGCGGGGCGACGCCCUUGAUAGUGGUGGAAAGUUUUGUGUCUCCACAAGACAGUGAAGAGAAUAUUUGGCGUGACGCAGCACACCCUGGCGGGGAGAGGAAGGCAGAGGAGAGAGACUGGCACGGAGAUGAACGAGAUGAAGCCAGGAGUGCAGAGGAGAAAGACAGGGUGAUGCUGGAUGUGUGCCCAGUAGCAGAGGAGAAAGAAAGCGCCACUCCAAGCGGACACAAACUCCAGGAAGUACAAGAAAACCAAAUGUUGCUUCUGGAAGACAAAGCAAGAGAAAUCACACGCUCAGGGGAGGAACUGGGGGAGAAACCAAAUAAGGAAGAGAAAGAAAGCGGAUCUCUGACUGAAAAACUGGAAAUAGAUCAAGUUGUGGAGGAAAAAGAAAAUGCGACCUUGUUUGUGGAGGAGCGAGGAGAGGAGAAAGCAAACCAAAACUCACUGGGAGAAGAGAAAGAAGGGGAAUGUUCACAGGUUGAGGAGAUGGAAAGUGAAGAGAAAAUAGACAACUCGACACCUCAUGAAGUAGAGAUGGAAGCAAAAUACCGUCUUGUAGAGGAGAAAGAGAGCAAUGUUGUGGCUGUAGAGGAGAAACAAAGGGUAGUUUUACAUGUAGGACUGGAAGUAGUAGAUCUAGCUGUAGAAGAGAAAGAAAUCGACGAUGUAGAAAUGGAAGAAAACGAAUCUCUGUCUGUAGAAGAGAAAGAAAACGGACUUCCACUUGGAGAAGAGAUAGAAAACGAAGGUAAGGAGAAAACAAACGAACAUGAAGCGAAAGAAAACGAACCAGAGGAAAAAGAAAACGGAUAUGUACGUGUAGAAGAGAAAAAAUGCAAAAAUCCACUGGUAGAAGAGAAAGAAAACGGACUCCCACAUGCUGAGGAGAUAGAAAACGAGUAUAGGGCAAACGAAGACGAAUCAGAAGAGAAAGAAAACGUAAUUCCAUUUGUAGAAAUCACUGAUAAAGAAAUUCAGCUUGUAGAGGAGACAGAAAACGAAAACACAAACGAAGAAGAGAAAGAAAGAAACAGUGCAGGAGAAACAGAAAACAGAACCCCAGCUACUUCAGAGAAAACGGAAAAUUUGACAACACCUCCAGAAAAAACGAGGAACUUGACUACACCACCACAGAAAACGGGCGAUGAGUGUAUAAUAAAGAAAACGGGAUGCGAGGAGGGACUGCUGGAGAUACAUGAGAGAGGAGGGGUGUCCGUGGAGCAUUGUGUUGGGGAGGAGAAGUACCCCACCUCCCCAUCGUCACCCCCAGCAUAUCAAGAAGUUUGGGGUCCAUUCCUCACCAUCGCCUCCCCUCCACCCUCCCCUCCACCCUCCCCAACAUCCCGCCAGGAGGUUGGGGAAGUGUGUCAGGCUUAUCCUUGCCCUGUUCAAUCCCCAUCACUCCUCACAUCCCCUCCUCUUGUGAUCACCCACUCUGAAUCCCCAACAAUAGUGGAUUUGGUGGGGAUGGUAAAGGAAUUUGAAACCCUACCUCUACCACCACCACCACCACACCCCCAACACCCCAAUAAAGAGGGUGAAUACUGUUUAACACCCCCAAUACCUCCCCCCCUCUUUCCCACGUCACUAAAAUCACAAGAUAUGAAAGACGAACCACCAACAUCACCACCUCCACCACCAUCACCACCACAAGAACACCCCCAAUCCCAGCAGUACCUCGAGGUCACACAGACAGCCCCUGAGGUCACGCACGCUGUGUCUAAGGUGAAGCUUAGCACUGUGACCUUUGACCUGGCGUCCCCUGGGAUUGUCAAACAGGAGAUGACCAGAAUGAGGUCGAGGUUAAAUGAGAUUGUACAAGAGAAACAGCCUUUGAUUUAUGAAGAGAUGGGGUUUGUAGAAGAAGAGAUGGGGUUUGUAGAAGAGAUGAUGGAGUCUGCAGAAGAGAUGGGAGAUGUGGAAGAGAUUGUACCUGAAGAUGAAGAGAUAGGAAGACCUGUAGGAGAAAUAAGAGAUCCUGCAGGAGAAGAGAAGGAGCCUGUAGAAGAGAUGGUUCCUGUAGAAGAGAUGGGGCCUGUAGCAGAGGUUGGGGGCCUUGAAGAAGAGAUAGAAGGCCAUGAAGAAGAGAUAGAAGGCCUUGUAAAAGAGACGAAACCUGUAGAAGAGAAGGGCCCUGUAGAAGAGACAGAACCUGCAGUUUCUCAGUCUACACAAGAACAAGUAUUUGUAGAAGAGAAAGAGCCUGUUAUUUCGAAACCUACACAAGGAACUCCGCCUGUAGAAGAGAAGGAACCUGUAAUCUCCCAGCCUGUAGAAGAGAAGGAACCUGUAAUCUCCCAGCCUGUAGAAGAGAAGGAACCUGUAAUCUCCCAGCCUGUAGAAGAGAAGGAACCUGUAAUCUCCCAGCCUGUAGAAGAGAAGGAACCAGUAAUCUCCCAGCCUGUAGAAGAGAAGGAACCUGUAAUCUCCCAGCCUGUAGAAGAGAAGGAACCUGUAAUCUCCCAGCCUGUAGAAGAGAAGGAACCUGUAAUCUCCCAGCCUGUAGAAGAGAAGGAACCUGUAAUCUCCCAGCCUGUAGAAGAGAAGGAACCUGUAAUCUCCCAGGCUGUAGAAGAGAAGGAACCUGUAAUCUCCCAGCCUGUAGAAGAGAUACAGCCUGUAAUUUCCCUGCCUGUAGAAGAGAAGGAACCUGUAAUCUCCCAGCCUGUAGAAGAGAAGGAACCUGUAAUUUCCCUGCCUGUAGAAGAGAUUGAACCUGUAGAAGAGACAAAACCUGCUAUCCAAGAACCUGUAGACUUAGAACCUAUUCAUUUGAAGCCUGUAGAAGAGACAGAGCCUGUAAUCCUUAACCCACAAGAGCCUGUCCCUGUAGAAGAGAAAGAACCUGCAAUUUACGAGGCUGUAGUAGAGAUCCAGCCUGUAAUCCUUAACCCUACACAAAAACUUGUAGAGAUGGUCGAGUCUCAGCCUAUAGAAGAGACAGGAUCCGUAGAAGAGACUGUAGGUGUACUUGAAAGCUUUACAGAGAAGUUUCAGCCUGUAACUGUAAUAGAAAGGCAUGUAGAAGUAGCCCAGUCUCCAGCACGCAUACAGUUGAUGCCAGAGACUGUAACUGUAAAGUCCCUCACCCCUGUACAGCCUGCGGGUCAAGAUUUUAUAGAGGUGCAGACUGCAGUUCAAAAUUAUGCACAAACACAGCCUGUAAUUCAAGGUUCCACAGACACACAAUUUACAGAGCAGGCUCCUACAAAGACACAAACGUCCGCAGAGAGAGAGCCUAUAGUCCAGAUUUCUUCAGAGAUGCAACCUAUAAUUGAAAAGCCUGUAGGAAAGAUGGUCGUAGGAGGGGAAACAAAAGGAGACAUUCAGAGGCCUACACAGAACGUUAAAAUUUCAACCCCUAGGCCUAUCCUGCCGCAGAAGACGACAAAGAAGAGGAAACUCGAACCAGAAGCGAGAACUAAAUUUCUGGCAAAGUCCAAAAGCGAAACUGAGAUAUUUCACAAACUCAAAGUUAAAAAAGUUGCAGGAAAUAUGACUUCUCGCUUCCCUCGGCCCUCCAUACUGCUGCAGAAGGCGCCGAAGAGGAUGUGGGGGGAGGCAGAGGAGAAUUCACCUCCUAGAAACCCUGAAAACUGCAAAAAACUCAAGGGAAAUAUCGUGGAAAUAGAAAUAGUAGAAUCUGACAAGACCUCCCUUCAAUCUGUCUGUGCAUCACUUGCAAAGAAAACGGAUUCACAUGACGCGACCUACGCAUCUGCUUUCUCCUAUACCUCCUCCUCCUCCUCCUCCUCCUUCUCCUCCUCCUCCUCCUCCUCCUCCUCCUCCUCCUCCUCCUCCUCCUCCUCCUCCUCCUCACCAUGUAAGAAGGAAGGAAGGAAGACACUCCCGCUUAAACGCAAGAAGGAGAAUGAAUGGAAGGGAAUAAAGAGAGGAAGGUAA